AAACAUUUUUACUAUACUCAGAAAGUGAGGCGUCCCUGGUAGUGGCGCAUUGUUAAAUGAGUAACAUUUGUAACGCUCGUGACUGUUGGAUUUCGCUGUGCGAUCUGAAUAUAAUUGCCGCAUGUAAAGAUGUUUGGGUUUCAUAAGCCGAAGAUGUACCGUUGCCUCGAUGGAUGUUGCAUAUGCAGGGCAAAAUCCUCCAGCUCUCGAUUCACUGACAGCAAACGGUAUGAGAGAGAAUUCCAAAGCUGUUUUGGUUUAGGUGAGACUCGCUCAGGUGAAAUCUGUAAUGCUUGCGUCCUGCUGGUAAAACGCUGGAAGAAGCUUCCUGUUGGUUCCAAGAAGAACUGGAAUCAUGUGGUUGAUGCACGAGGGGGGCCCAGCCUGAAAACUACAGUAAAAUCAAAGAAAAUCAAAUCCCUGUCCAGACGGAUAAGACCGAACCAGAUAAGCCUGCUUCAGAAAGAACUAAAAAGGCACAAUUCUGACGCUCACAGCACUACCUCCAGUGCCAGCCCCGCCCAGUCACCCAGCUACAGUAACCAAUCAGAUGAAGGCUCUGACUCUGAGCUGGCUUCUGGCUCUGCCCGCUCACCAGUCUUUUCCUUCUUGGACCUGACAUACUGGAAAAGGCAGCGGGUAUGCUGUGGCAUCAUCUAUAAAGGUCGCUUUGGGGAGGUGCUUAUUGACCCUCAUCUUUACAAGCCCUGCUGUCAGAAAAAACAGGAGCAAGAGCAGGAGGAAGAGGACGAGGGUGACCUUGAGAAGGAGGAGGUGCAGAGCAGUCAAGAAAUGAUUUCUUCCACUCAACCGCAGUCACCUUUCUCUUCUCCCCAAAUCAAAACGGAGCAAGAAGUGGAUGAGGAGUGGUGAUGUCGUCACAUUCCCAGAGUACUGACCUGGCAUUCUUAGGAGGCCUUUGAGAGCGAAUGAGGUCAAAAUUAAGCCUCCUACUCUCGAAGACAUUCCUUCAAAUUGCCUUCAAUUCAAGAGCAGCUGGAUCCUUGUUUGUCUUUCUCUUCCUUUCUUUCUUUUUUGUUAAGAAUUUGCCUUUUUUCAGUUCCUUUGCUGUCCAAUCAAUUUGCUGUUUUUUUUAUUUAUCGAACUGAACUGGUGUCCAUGCUAUUUCAGUGUGGAUUUUGUCCACUCCUUUCUUUUUCUUUUUAAACUAUUUCCAUUUUCUUUCAUCCAACUCAAACACAAAAUGCUGGAUCUACAUACAUCAUACAUAGAAAUGUAGUGAACAGACUUGGAUAGUGACUACAACCCAUAUGCUGUCACUAUUGUACCCAAGGCGCACAAUCACCAUUGUGCUCGUCCUCUGGGGUGGCUGUCUGUGCAGUUAGUUAGUCUAAAGUAUUCUAGCAAAAUUAAGAUGGAAAUGUUCUACCAUUCUGCUGUGAUAGAGCCAUACUAUUAUAGGGAAGCCUUUGAUCCUUGCUUUGCGUUAUAUACAUGUAUAAAUAAUUUGUCUCUGUAUUGUUAUGGCCUGCCCUCAUCCAUUUAUCUCUAGGUUUGGACUUGGGCUAAACGCAUAACACUGAUAAGACAGCAUUUCUGUGUUUCUGAGAUGGACUAGGUAUGGCCAAACAAAAUGAUACCUGGCCAUCAACACAGGUCUUGUAUUCAACGUCCUUAUGUAAAUAUUUUUUUGGACAAGAUCAGUGUCAAGCAUGAACGCUAAGGAAACUGUUGUCUUGAUGGGAAUCCGCAUGAAUUUUGCAUGGCCUUCUAAGAAGUUCAAGAUUAUUUCAUUUUUAAAACCUUUUGUUUUGCAACAACAUUAAAAAAUUUGGGCAAAUUUUGAGAUGGUCCCAAUAUAUAUUUUUGUAGAUAAAUAAGUAAAUAAAAGAACAAAAAAAGUGUUUAAAUAUUACAGGGCUUGCGUUUUUUUUUUAAAUUUUUUUAAGAAUGAUAUUUUCAAUUUAGACUCAUUCAAAGCCAAAAAGCCCAACGUUUCUGCUAUUUAUUGCCAACUUGUAUACAUGUGUUCAUAUACCUCCUCUCUCUCUGCCUUUAAUACAGUGUACACUCAUUGACAGAUACUACUUCAAUUUGUUUGUCAUAAGAGGGUUAAACAUGAGGUCUAAUUGUUUUAGUCAUUGUACUUUUUCUUUGUUUGGUUUGAUGAGAAUAUUUUACUGUUUGUUUGGUUGCUUUUUUUUCUUCAGGGAAAGCAUGAUCAUAUUAAUUUGUAUGAUUUGUUAUCGGGAAACUGAAAAGCUUAACCGAUGUGACCAAUGCAACCAAUGUAAGCUUGUACAUAUUCAUUAUAAUUUACCUGUCUGUAAUAAGCUGUUAUAUAAUAUACACGCUAGGAGUAGUCAUACUAUAUAUCCAGGGUUUUCCCUAUGGUCUAGUAGACCUGUCCUAAUGAUUUAUUUUUUUUGUUUAUGAUAAAGUCUUGGAUUGUUUAAAUUCCGUUGUCUCUCACAAACUUCUGUUUAAUUCCAGGGGAUGGCACUAUUUGAGCUCACAAAGCAGCACUCAAUUGCACAGUAAUUUCAUUACAUUCUUUGCGUGUUUUUUUUUUUUUUUUUUUCAGCUCAGUUUUUAAAAUGAUAUUUUGAUGGUGGCAGCUUGUGCCAUCAGCGUGAAAAUGCCAUGUCACAGAAUGACAUGAACAGUGACAGUCUUGUGGCAACAUUUGUUUAAGAGAAGCUUUGAGGCACUUAAAUGUGGAUUCCUCUCAUAUCAUCUCUUAUCACGGCAUGUUAAGGCGCUAUUUGUAAAUAUUCCAAGACGUGUAAGACUGAACAGUUAUGAUAAAUACGCUUUUGUCUUAUUUAUUUCAUAUUUAUUUGCAAUAUUUGUCAUGUGGUUGUUACUUUAAAUCUCAUCAUAUAUAUUAUUAUAUAUAUAUAUUUUUUUUUACAGAGGACUAACCUGUCCUAACACUGCAAUAUGGACUAAAAAAAGCAUUUACACAAUAUCACAAAUGGUAGCCCAGGACAACAUUUUGUAGAGAACUUCAGGAAUGGACAGCUAUAAAAACAUACUUUUUUGUGGAUACUACGUAUGUUAUUAUUAUCUUAGUUUAAGGGUUUCUAAUGCCCAUGUGAUGCCUUUUUUCUUUUUUACUAGUCCUUUAGUGGUAGUGCUACAGGCAUGUAUGGUAGCUAUGCACUUUGUAAUCACAUUACUAGAGAUAUAUGUAUUUUUUUACAUAUUGUUCUUUUUACUUGUUCCUUAAUAAAUGUAACUUG